CCUAACCUAACCUCCUCCCAACCUAACUGCUAACCUUUAUCUUUCCACUGCCAACAAGAAAUCAAAGCAAACUGCUAUCGUAAACAACAUAGCAUAUAAAAGCCAGCAUGUCGUCUAACAAUUUACCCGCAAUUGUCCUCGUUCCAGGUGCAUUCGGAACCCCUGACGGUUUCGAAAAGCUAUUGCCAUAUCUCAAAGACGCGGGAUAUACAACACAUCCAGGACCGUAUCCCAGUUGUGACCCUCCGGAUCCAAGCACCGCAACUUGCCAGGAUGAUAUCGCUUCACUCCGCGAUAACAUUCUUCUCCCUCUUCUAGAUCAGCAACAGAAGGAUGUCGUUAUUAUAGCACACUCGUACGGCGGCGUAGUAGCUGGAGGUGCAGCUAAAGGGUUUGAUAUCCAGACACGCAUAACCAAAGGUCAGGCUGGCGGUAGAAUUAUUGGGCUAAUCUAUGUGGCCGGCAACAUCGCGCUCGAAGGUGAAUCCUUAUUUGAGGCAGUUGGCGGGAAACACCCACCAUUCAUCAAGAUGAACAAGCCGUCCGAGGGUCUUGCCCUUAUCGAACCAGCCAUGGAUAUCUUAUAUAAUGAUUGCGAUCCUGCCCUAGCCUCCGAACUUGAUAAGUACAUGAAGCCGCACGCGCUCAUGGCAUUCGACAUUAAGGCUACAGCGCCGGCCUGGGCAGAUAAGGGGUUUGACGGAAGAAGGGCCUACGUGCGCACGAUGAAGGACUGCUGCAACCCUUCAUGGCUACAAGAUCUUUGGCUUGAAAAAUCAAAGGUAAAGUGGGAAGUAGUUGACUUCCAAACAGGGCACAUGCCAUUUGUCAGCCAACCUAAGGCUUUGGCGGAGCAGAUUGUGAAGUUUAUCAAUGAGUUUAUAGCUUUACGGGAUCCCUGAACCAAUAUUACGAAGUCAAAAGGUGAUCUCUCCAUAACAUAUACAAGAGAAGGACAUAGUGUAUAAUAACCUACACGUCUCAGAAACUUGAUUUGAGCAGCUACCUAAAUUUUACCAUGCCU